AUGGAAGCUCCAAAGAUCCCGGUCGAGCCACCCAAGAAGCGCCGCAUUGGUGUCCUAACCUCCGGUGGUGAUGCCCCGGGCAUGAACGGCGCCGUGCGUGCUGUCGUCCGUAUGGCAAUUCACAGCGAGUGCGAGGCCUACGCUGUCUUUGAAGGCUACGAAGGCCUGGUCAACGGCGGCAACAUGAUUCGACAGCUACACUGGGAGGAUGUUCGAGGCUGGUUGUCGCGUGGCGGUACCUUGAUCGGUUCUGCGCGUUCCAUGGCUUUCCGUGAGCGGGCUGGGCGUCUUCGUGCUGCUAAGAACAUGGUUCUGCGCGGCAUUGAUGCGCUAGUGGUCUGUAGUUUGACUGGUGCCGACGUCUUCCGUGCAGAAUGGCCAGGGCUGUUGUCAGAUCUCGUUGCUGCUGGCGAAUUAUCCAAGGAGCAGGUCGAGCCCUACAAGGUUCUUAAUAUCGUCGGAUUGGUGGGCUCGAUCGACAACGACAUGUCGGGCACCGACGCUACUAUCGGGUGCUACUCCUCUCUCACACGAAUUUGCGAUGCCGUCGACGAUGUCUUCGAUACGGCCUUUUCACACCAGCGAGGUUUCGUCAUCGAGGUCAUGGGCCGUCACUGUGGAUGGCUUGCUCUAAUGUCCGCCAUUAGUACUGGCGCAGAUUGGCUGUUCAUUCCUGAGAUGCCCCCGAAGGAUGGCUGGGAGGAUGACAUGUGUGCCACCAUCACCAAGAACCGCAAGGAACAAGGAAAGCGCCGCACAAUUGUGAUUGUGGCCGAGGGAGCCCAGGAUCGCCAGCUCAACAAAAUCUCAAGCUCGACUGUCAAGGAUAUUCUGACUCAGCGUCUGGGCCUGGACACACGAACCACCGUCCUCGGGCACACCCAGCGUGGUGGUGCCGCAUGCGCAUAUGAUCGAUGGCUAUCGACUCUGCAGGGUGUCGAGGCCGUCCGCGCCGUGCUAGAAAUGAAGCCCGACUCUCCUUCCCCCGUUAUCACCAUUCGUGAAAACAAGAUUUUGCGUACCCCCCUCAUGGAUGCCGUCAAGUUGACCCAAGACGUCACGGCAAAGAUCAAAGCUAAAGAAUUCGCAGCGGCGAUGGCUGAGCGAGACGCCGAAUUCAAGGAAUACUACGACGCUUACCGAAACACUGCGACGCCCAAUCACCCGAAGAUGAAGCUCGCUGAGGACAAGAAAAUGCGCAUCGCUAUCAUCCACGUCGGUGCACCGGCUGGUGGCAUGAACCAAGCUACCCGGGCUGCCGUUGGAUACUGUCUUACCCGCGGACACACUCCAUUGGCUAUUCACAAUGGAUUCCCUGGCCUUUGCCGCCACCAUGCCGACACCCCUGUCAGCUCUGUUCGCGAGGUGAGAUGGCUGGAGUCGGAUAGCUGGGUCAACGAAGGUGGCUCUGACAUCGGUACCAACCGAAGCCUGCCCGGCGAGGAUUUGGAAGAAACUGCCAAGUGUUUCGAGAAGUACAAGUUCGAUGCUCUCUUUGUUAUCGGUGGAUUCGAGGCCUUCACCGCAGUGAGCCAACUGCGUCAGGCACGCGAGAAGUUCCCCGCCUUCAAGAUUCCCCUCGUUGUGCUGCCAGCUACCAUCUCCAACAACGUUCCAGGCACUGAGUACUCUCUGGGAAGUGACACUUGCUUGAACACGCUGAUUGACUUCUGCGACGCCAUUCGCCAGUCUGCUUCCUCUUCUCGCCGCCUCGCAGUCUACAUCCCCGAAGAAGGCAUCAACAUCAAGAUGCUUUCCCAGGAUAUUGAUCUUCUCCGUGACAACUUCAUCAAAGACAAGGGCGCUAACCGUGCGGGAAAAAUCAUUCUGCGCAAUGAGACUGCGUCGUCUACUUACACAACCCAGGUGAUUGCUGACAUGAUCAAGGAGGAGGCCCAGGGUCGCUUUGAAUCGCGUGCCGCGGUCCCAGGUCAUUUCCAACAGGGUGGCAAGCCUUCGCCUAUGGACCGUGUUCGUGCCCUGCGGAUGGCUAUUAAAUGUAUGCAACACAUCGAGUCUUACGCUGGUAAAGGCCGCGAUGAUAUUGCAAAUGAUCCUCUGUCUGCCGCUGUCAUUGGUGUGAAGGGUUCUCAGGUUCUCUUCUCACCAAUGGGUGGCGAGACCGGACUGGAAGCCACCGAGACCGACUGGGCUCGUCGUCGCCCUAAGUCUGAGUUCUGGCUUGAGCUGCAGAAUGUUGUAAACAUUCUGUCUGGCCGCGCCUAUCCUCGGACCGACGAGACCUGGACUUGCUAUGAGAGUACGUAA